GCCGCCAUCAACAUGCAGCAGGGCUACGCUGCCUUCCUAUGUGUCCUGGCUGUGCUGGGGCUGGAGGCCGCGGCGCCGGGCGAAUGUGAACUCACCCGCCUGCUCCAGGACAAGUUGCAGUACGAGAUGCGCCUGCAGUACAUGAAACACUACUUUCCCAUUGACUACACAGUCCAGGUCCAGUAUGAAGAGGUGCUGAGGCCAUCCAACAUCACCCGCCUGCGCAACGGGACAGUGUCGGAGGCAGCACUGCGGUACCUCUGGUUCCAUGUCAGCUCCCAGGCAGUGCUGCGGAUCCAUGAGGUGCUGCCAGAGAAGCACCCAUCCUGGAAGUACACCCAAGAGCUCUGCCAGCUCUUCGAUGCCCUGGGCGAGGAGUACAGCAAGUACCGGCAGACAGAUGUGGAGACAGUGGUGGCCGAUCUGGUGAAGCUGAUCCACAGCGCGGGCGCUGAGAGCAGGAGCAAGGCUGUGCGCCCCAAGGCACUGCUGGACAACUGCCUUAAGGUCAUGCGGAUGCUCUACGGGGCGCCCUGUCGGUGGGAAUCCACCUAACACUGUGGAAGACCCGCUGGAGCCUCGGAUGUUGCCUCUGCUCUGCUCCUCCCAGAGCCCCAUGGGGGGUUCCCAAGGAAGGUGCAAAGGUGGGACAAAUGCCACUCCUUCCAGGACCAACUACAACCAGAACUGUGGGACUGAUUAUGGCUGUGAGAUCUUGUCCAUCCAAAACGUCCAGCUCCCUUUGCUUGGGUGUGGGGUCAGACACAGCCCCCCAUGGCAAGCAGAUGU